CUGAAACGCAAGAAUUGCUUUUUGGUCUCUUUCUCGUUCCGUUGUUCAAGUGAGUCCCUCGCUCAAAGUGCAGUACUUUUUUUUUUUCUGGGCAGAAAAGGUGUUCAAAAAAGUCUUAGGUUUCAAACUUUUCGGCCACUGGGCGCUGUCCUCCCUCAUGGCUGAAGUCUUCUAUGUCGGAGUCGACGUGGGCACUGCCAGUGUGAGGGCUGCUUUAGUGACCAAGGAAGGUCAUUUGAAAACCGCUGCCCAGGAGCCCGUCAGCAUCUGGGAACCUCACAGUGACCAUUAUGUGCAGUCUUCCUCUGAGAUCUGGGACAAAUGCUGCGCUGUUGUCAGGGAAGUGACACGAGGAGUGAACAAAAAGCAGGUGAGAGGGAUCGGUUUUGAUGCUACCUGUUCCCUUGUAGUGUUGGACCAAAGCUUUCAGCCCAUAGCAGUCAAUCGGGACGGAAACAAUCGGAGAAAUGUGGUGAUGUGGAUGGACCAUCGUGCUGCUGAGCAGGCUGCUCGUAUCACAAGCACCGGCCACAGCGUGCUGAGUCGCGUUGGAGGGGUUAUGUCACCAGAGAUGCAACCACCUAAGCUACUCUGGCUCAAAGAGAACCUAAAGGAAAGCUGCUGGAACAAAGCUUCCCACUUUUUUGACCUUCCAGACUUUCUUUCAUGGAAGGCCACCGGCUCAUUGACCAGAUCCCUUUGCACUCUGGUAUGUAAAUGGACGUAUUGCCCCCCAAAGGGAUGGGAUGCCAGUUUUUGGACUUCAAUAGGCCUGGAGGAUCUCACUGAAAACAACUUUUCCAAAAUAGGCAACGUGACGUGUUCACCUGGGAGUCCUCUUGGGGACGGCCUGACUCUCGAGGCAGCAGCUGAUUUGGGUUUGGAUCCAGGAACGGCGGUGGGGGCUUCGCUCAUCGAUGCUCACGCCGGAGGCCUCGGUGUGAUCGGAGCAGACGUGAAAGGCUUCCAGCUGCCAUGUGAGGGCCAGCCAAUCACAACACGGAUGGCCAUGAUCUGUGGGACGUCGUCUUGUCACAUGGCAAUCAGUGAGCAGCCGCUGUUUGUGCCGGGGGUGUGGGGUCCCUGCCUGUCCGCCAUGGUCCCCGACGUGUGGCUUAACGAGGGAGGACAGAGUGUCACGGGACGUCUGAUCGACCACAUGGUGAAGGGUCAUGCCGCUUACGCGCAGCUCCAGGAAAAGGCGCUGCAGAGCGCGGGCGACGAUUUCUACAGCUACCUGAACAGCCACCUACAUCGAAUGUCUUCUUCGUGUUCGGCUGUUGACUUGCUGGGCUCAAGUCUUCAUGUGUGGCCAGAUUUUCACGGGAACAGGUCGCCGCUGGCUGACCCCGCCCUGAAGGGCAUGGUCGUGGGACUGUCUCUUUCUCAAACUCUGGACGACUUAGCUUUGCUCUACUUGGCCACCAUACAAGCCCUGGCGCUCGGUACACGACAUAUAUUGGAGGCCAUGAAAGAAGCCGGCCAUGACAUCAAAACCAUCUUCUUAUGCGGAGGAUUGAGCAAGAACAGCCUGUUUGUGCAGACUCAUGCCAAUGCAACAGGGUUGCCGGUGGUGUUGCCUGAACAGACCGAGGCUGUCUUGGUGGGAGCGGCGGUUCUUGGGGCGUGUGCAUCGCACGAUCAUGGCACUAUACAGGAGGCGAUGGCGAAAAUGGCGAAAGUGGGAAAAGUAGUUGAGCCCGACCACAGUCUUCAAAGAUUUUACCAAAGAAAGUAUCAAGUGUUCCGGUCCCUUGUUGCCCACCAGAGGGAGUACCAAGCCCUCAUGAACACUUGAGGGACUGAGUGUUCUUCACUGAAAACUGUGAGCAGAUGCGCUUGCUUCCAGGGAUUUGGGACCCCCUUGAAAAAAAAAUCACUUAUGACCACUUCCACAGCAAGUCUGCAAAUUGAAAAGAGUCUUUUGUGGGGGGGUCCCUGUCAGUCAUCGUCACCCCCGCCCUGUUACAUGACUAGCAGUGAUGUAAUACAUUGGAAACAAUGGCAUGUCUCCUCUGCUUUUCAGCCUAUUAUGAUUUCCUAAUAAAGGUGAGUUCAUCA